AUGUCGUUACAGUUCUUGCCGUACGAUCUUCUGUUCAAUAUCGCCCAGGAUCUUGACAUCGAUGAUGUGCACAAUCUUCAAGCGACCUGUAAAUCCUUGCGUUUGUUCACACUUACGCGGCCCGUGUAUCGCCAACUAGCCCACGACUUACUCGCUAGAUCCAGACCCCUUCCUCUCCACGCCUUCCAGCGCCUCUCAGAUCUCUCUACACCCGCCCUCAUUGCUGCCGUCGACCGUGCCCGAGGUCUAGAGAAGGCAUGGGCGAUCCGUGCCCCUCGACCUGCUCGCCCAAAUCCGUACUAUGGAAACCAGUGGUACAUCACCAUCAGCGUACCUUCCCAUGAGGAGAUCGAUUGGCUAUCCCCCAUCACCAGCAGCUACACACUCUGUGCGACUAAGAGCGGCCGUGUCUUGUGCUGGGAUGUGAGGAGGGAUAUCUGCCUUGCUGAGUGGGAUCCGAGGUCCUUGGCAGGCUCCAGUGAAGGCGCCGACGACGAGGAUGAGGACGAUGAGGAGAAAUGGGAGCUAUGGAAAUGUCGUGUCGAAUUCGAAGAGCGCACCGUAUAUUUCACCAUGGCUAGGGUUCUCAAGGGAUACCACGAUGACCGCGUCAUGGAGUUCAUGCUCAUGCGAUUAUUCUUCCCUCAAGAACUCGACGAUUACGACGAAAUAAAUCAGGCACAACUCUACUCGGCACGACCAGUUUUCGGCACUCUCACGAGUUUCCACACCACAGGCGUCAUCAUGAACGUGUUCCUCCUCGACCCGCCACGUCGCUUGCUGAGCGCUUUUGUGUGGAUUGCGAGUAGCAAUACCAUUGGGUUGUAUGUACUCCUUGAUUGGGCGAAAGAAGACUAUGUGUUUGUGGAUACUGGUGUUGGAUGCCUCAUCUCCUCGAAUUGGUCCUGUAUCCUCCACGAAGACCAAAUCGUAAUCCACAGCGAAGAAGCCGAUGCCGCCUACCAGCACUUUUACCCACUCGAGGUGCUCAGAACAUACGGCCGUCCCCGCUGCGCCAACUUGUGGAAUAAGCUCCCGACGAUAUGUGCGAGGCUCACGCCGACUAGGAGCAUUUCAAAGAAAUUUGUGUUUCCUGUUGUACCGGGAAGCUCAGGCGCGGUCAAUGCAGGGACUUCUUCCUCAAGCGAACCCAGUACUAACCCCGAACCUGCGCCGCAAAAUGACGAAGAUGCAUCAUCUUCUCAAUCUACCACUCCAACCACUCCCGGACCUCAGCAGUCCACUGAGGGCGCAGUCGCUCCGACAACAUCUGAAUCGUUUACAAACCCUUAUCCAUUCCCUCCGUGGUACCCCGAGUCUGCACACUUUGUGCGGCAAUGGUGGCCCAACCCUCCCUGGCGUCCCGCGGCUGGAAGCUGCACGGUUGUCCUCCUUGCAGCACACGAUCCUGAGACACACCGCACGCGUUUUGUGCUCGCGCAGCAUUACUUCAAGGUCCCCAUAGCUCCUGAGACACUACCUAUUGUAGGAAAAGCGAGCACAAGCAGUUCAUCUUGUUCCACGCAGGCGAACGAUGACGAUAUGCUCCAUCUAUGGUACGUCAGCACGCCGUUUGAAGUCGUCUGCGUGCUCGAAGAAGGAGACGACGAUGAAGACACUGGCGACCGGCCGCGACCCCUCGUGGCUGUUGAUUUUGGGCACGCAGUAUGGGUGGAGUGUGCUGCCCCUGUUGUCCCUCCCGACCUUGAUGACGACCACUCGCACCCACACCCACGGCGGCGGGUCCCAAAAUGUCUGCGCUUCGUCACCUUCCCGCCUGUGUAUGGCCGCCGAGGGCGGACUGAAGAGGCGGUAGUACGCACGCUCGAGAUUCCGGAGGAGUUGGACUUGGAUGUUGUUGAGACGAUCAAUAUUGAUCAGAGCCAGGGCGCUGUGAUUUUGAGUGUGAGUGAUGGUAAGAUUUUUAUUUUGAGGUAUGAAUGA